GCUCUGCUCUCGCAUCCCUCCCGUUGUUGUUUGAAGCCUUCACUCCUUACUGAAAUUGCAUGGUGGAAUCAUCCGUUUGCCCCUUCGUUUCUCAUUUGUUUUAGGGUUUUUUUGUCCUUCUUUCUUCUUUUGAUCUUCUGGUUUCUGAAAUUGCAGAGAAGAGAUGGCUUCAAACGGAACCGGUAGCGGUAACGCAGAGUUCAGCUUCACGGGCGUCGGAACUGCUCGCAACGGGCUUGCCAGGAUCCAAACUCAGAAGAAGCAAAACGGAAUCUGUCAUGACGACAGUGCUUCUCCCGUUAAAGCUCAGACGAUCGAUGAGCUGCAUUCACUCCAGAAGAAGAAAUCCGCGCCAACUACGCCGAUCAAAGGAACGCAAGGCGCUUUUGCUACAAUUUCCGAAGAUGAGCGCCAAAAACAGCAACUCAAGUCCAUCAGUGCAUCUCUGGCAUCGCUGACGAGGGAGACGGGGCCAAAAGUGGUGAAAGGAGACCCAGCUAGGAAAUCCGAAACGCCCAGGGUUGUUCAUUCGCAUCAGCAUACACCAACCAUCGUCGUUAGUGACAGCGCUUUGAAGUUCACCCACGUCCUCUACAAUCUUUCUCCUGCAGAGUUGUACGAACAGGCUAUAAAAUAUGAGCAUGGAUCGUUCAUAACGUCGAGCGGAGCGUUAGCCACGCUCUCGGGAGCGAAGACAGGUCGCUCCCCCAGGGAUAAGCGUGUGGUAAGGGACGAAACAACAGAAGAUGAACUUUGGUGGGGAAAGGGCUCACCCAACAUUGAAAUGGACGAGCACAGCUUCUUGGUGAACAGAGAGAGAGCCGUCGAUUACUUGAACUCGCUGGACAAGGUGUAUGUGAACGAUCAAUUUCUAAACUGGGACCCAGCGAACCAAAUCAAAGUCCGGAUUGUCUCAGCCAGAGCGUACCAUUCCUUGUUCAUGCACAACAUGUGUAUCCGACCCACGCCUGAAGAGCUGGAGGAUUUCGGUACUCCGGACUUCACCAUAUACAAUGCUGGGCAAUUCCCGUGUAAUCGAUACACCCACUACAUGACAUCCUCCACUAGCGUAGAUCUGAAUCUUGCUAGGAGGGAAAUGGUCAUCCUUGGCACGCAGUACGCCGGGGAAAUGAAGAAGGGUCUUUUCAGCGUUAUGCACUAUCUCAUGCCUAAGCGUCAAAUCCUGUCCUUACAUUCUGGCUGCAAUAUGGGCAAAGAUGGCGAUGUCGCCCUCUUCUUUGGAUUAUCAGGCACGGGGAAGACAACACUUUCUACGGAUCAUAAUAGGUAUUUAAUUGGAGACGACGAACACUGCUGGAGUGAGAAUGGUGUGUCUAACAUUGAGGGUGGUUGCUAUGCCAAGUGCAUUGAUCUUUCAAAGGAAAAGGAGCCUGAUAUCUGGAACGCCAUCAAGUUUGGGACUGUUUUGGAAAAUGUGGUGUUCGACGAGCACAGUCGGGAGGUAGAUUAUUCGGACAAAUCUGUUACAGAAAACACUCGAGCAGCAUACCCCAUUGAGUACAUUCCAAAUGCAAAGAUUCCAUGCGUAGGCCCACACCCGAAGAAUGUCAUCCUUCUAGCGUGUGAUGCUUUCGGUGUUCUCCCACCUGUGAGCAAAUUGAGCCUGGCCCAGACCAUGUACCAUUUCAUCAGCGGCUACACAGCUCUGGUGGCCGGAACAGAGGAUGGUAUAAAGGAGCCACAAGCGACAUUCUCCGCCUGCUUUGGAGCAGCAUUCAUCAUGCUGCAUCCUACUAAAUAUGCAGCAGUGCUAGCCGAGAAAAUGGAGAAGCACGGUGCCACUGGAUGGCUGGUCAACACUGGCUGGUCAGGUGGAAGCUAUGGCUCGGGUAACCGAAUCAGGUUGCCGUAUACAAGGAAGAUAAUUGAUGCCAUACACUCCGGUAGCCUCCUCAAGGCUAAUUACACCAAGACUGAAGUGUUUGGGCUUGAGAUCCCUACAGAAGUUGAGGGCGUCCCUUCGGAAAUCCUGAAUCCAAUGAACACUUGGACAGACAAGAAAGCAUACAACGACACCCUGCUGAAGCUUGCAGGCCUGUUCAAGAAAAACUUCGAGGGAUUUGUGAAUUACAAGAUUGGCAAGGACAACUCACUGACUGAGGAGAUCCUUGCUGCUGGUCCUAUCUUCUGAUGCACAAAAAGGGAGUUAAUUGUAGUUGGCUACUUUGGGUUGCCUGUAGAUGUGUAAUUCAUGUUUUCUAGCCUAGUUCAAAUGCAAAAGGUUCUUUAGGCAGUAGUUUUAUAUAUAUUAUAAUGUACAACUUCUGGCAAAAAUUUGUUUAAUGCAAUCAUCGAAGCAUUUAAGAUA